AUGAUUACUAUCUCUAUAGCUCCCUCCGACCGCGUCGACUCGUGGAUCGAAGUCGCUUCUCAGCCUUCUGAUAGCUAUACAUCUUCGAGUUCCCCUGAAGAUCCCGUAAUUACGAGCGGUCUCCAAGUUCAAAGACGGAAAAAUCGCACUAGACAGCGCCGAAACUCGACAUCUACAGCUAUUCCAACUGCUUCUAGAGCUGUAGAAAGCAGUGAUGAAUAUGAUGAGGACGACGAUGAGGAUCUAGAUGGAAUCGACCUAAACGCCAUAGACAGUAUGGGGAGUUCGAUUACUGAUCCUUCGCUAAGUGAAGGUGAAGAAGGGUCAUCAGAUGAAGAAAGCGAUGAAGACGACGAAGGCGAGAUUCAACCUGUAGCUGGGCUUUCUUCAUAUGUAUCAGCACCUCAGCGACCUCAGAACAAUUUCAGGACAUUCUCUCGAGAUCCGCCACAGCCCGACCAUGACGCUGCGCUUAGAGCUAGUCUGUCGACCUUACUUUCAUGCGCCGCUGGUGUUGGUAGUGCUUCAAAGCCGAGACCAAAUGAACGCAUGGGAUCCAUACAAGAACAUGUUCGACCAGCUACAAUUCCAACCUUAUCCUUGGUUACGGAUUCCGAACGAGAAGCAAUGAUGUCUCGCCCUCCGCCGCCGCCGCCAUAUCGCCGAACAGUACACCAUCCGCCACCACAGUCCCCACUAGAACAGAAACGACCCGCUUCUCCCAGGAGGUCGAGAGACGAUACUCAAGCUACAAAGCAUAAAUCAAAGACAAAGACUAGACGCUUGGCUAAGGCUACAACUGCCCCUCCUCCUAAUGCUACGAUGGCGAGUGCUAUGGCUUCGAUUUCAGCCUCCAAUAUGACAUAUCUUACCCUUGCUGUCUCUGCUGGCGCUGUUAUCAUCGUCAGCGCUAUCAGCUUUUCAGCUGGAUAUGCGUUGGGUAAGGAAGUCGGAAGAAGUGAAAUGCUUGAGCUUGGUAGUUCAGGUAGCGAUAUCGUCAAACGUGCCGCCAGUGGGACGGUCUCAAAAGUUGGUGGAAGGAUUGUGAUGAGCUCCGGGGUGAGCAGUGGGCUGAGGAGUAUCACCGUUUCUUAA